AUGAAGUUAACAUUAUUUAUAGUAACUUGUACUCUCAUCAAGCAACUGAUGGCAAUUUAUGUGCCUGAGUUAAAUCAAGAUUGGACUCUUCUUCGGCCUGAACUGAAUCCUCCCAAAGGGUCUGUUAUUUCAUUACCGUUUAACAUUGGGUUUGUUGCCAAUUCUUAUGUAUGGGACAAAGAAAAAGGUGCUAUGGUUGAACCAGAACGCCAAGAGGCGACCAGACUGAUUACCACUACUGUCACCAAGAGCUAUGUCACUGCCGCUCCACAAGCAACGACAACCAUUGACCUUGUUCAAAUCGAUGAUGGACAGAUCCAACGCAAGACUACCGGAGCCAACGAUAACGGUGACUAUGAAGAAGAUGAUAGUGAUAGUGAAAGUGAUUAUGAGGGUUAUGUCAAAAGAAGCGUUGAAGCUGAUAGUCCUGUCUUUGCCGUUGCUUGUUCAACCAAUACGGCCCUCUCUUUGUCUUUAAAGGAUGGGAUCUUGAAAGAUAACCAGGAUAGAAUUUGCAGUAUUGUUAGUGGGCAUCAGUUCCAAUGUGAUGGUCCAGUUCCGCAAUAUGGAACUUUGUUUGCCGCUGGUUGGUCAGUGACACCUCAAGGCUUAUUAGCACUUGGCAACAGUACAAAGUUCUAUCAAUGUGCACUGGGGGAUUUCUACAAUAUCUACGAUACUUCCAUUGAUCCACUAUGCAACCCAGUUGUACUCAAUGUCGUUGAGUUGAUUGAGUGUUAG